AAAAACGGCGAUUUUGAAUAUUCAGUAGUAGGCCAAUCAUCCGCUCGUAGCGCUAGUAUCUCCAUUUUAUGACGUUUACUUUUCCGCAAUUUUGGGUGCACUGCACAUUUCGAUUGACAACAACAAAAAUGGGACGUAAGUGCGAAGUAAUAACAUGUUUCCAAAGAGAAGGAGGCGGAAAAACAUUUUUCUCGUUUCCUAGGGAUAAUGAAAGGUACGUUUUUUCUAUCGUCAACUAUUAUUCUAACAGCAUGCUUAUUUUGACAGAUGCAAGCAGUGGGUGGAUAUUUGCUGUUCCGAAGAGCUGUCCAGAACAUUUGACGCAGGUGGAGUACAAGCUGUGAGUAAACUAAAGAUCUGCGCGGAUCAUUUUAAGGCGAGUGAUAUCAGAAACUCUAUGCAAUCGGCAAGGUAAAACGACAAAAAAUCAGUAAUUAUAUAUCAUACCGUACAUUUUCUGCAGGCUUUCCGUGAAUGCAGUUCCACUUGCUGCAGAAAGCAUUGAUCAAUAUCUCGAUAUAGAGGUAUUGGAACCCGCGUUUCAGGCUGCAAGUGACGAUGCCACUGCAAAUAACUCCAUCGCUACUGGAAUGCAAAAAGAAGUGGAACAUGCUUCAAAGAUUUUAUUAGAAAACGAUGGGAUGGAAGUUAAUCCAGAAAGCGAAACCGGACAUCUUGAAGAACCGGUAACAAAACUGUUACACUUGGAAAUAACACCAGCUCUACAGCGUUGUGUGCUGUCUGGUAACAACUCGAGGCAAAAUGAGAUCUGUUUUGAAUCACUCAAUGACAUUUCGUUGAAUGAUGACACUAAAGGGAAGAAAUUUGAAGUAGACUACAAAAUGUUGUACGAAAACGAGAAGAAAACAUCCGGCCAGCUACAUGCACGAAUAAAAAAACUCAGCUGUGCACUACGUAAUGCUCGACGUGUAAAUCAAUGGCGAUCAAACACCAUAGCUAAGAAGAAAAGACAAAUUUAUAUUUUGCGAAACGAGGUCAAACGUCUCCGUACAGAAAAAUCAACUGAUGCCAAGCUUCUUGAACUGCUGAAGAGUAACACUGUAGUUUAUAAUAGCAUGAUGAAUGAAUUGAAAAAACCUAAAGGACGCAGAUAUAAUGAACAAACUAAAAAGUUUGCCCUCGGAGCUUAUCUCGCAGGUCCAGCAGCUUUUCGUUAUGUCCAAAGCACAGAAGUUUUAAAUUUGCCUAGUAAAAUGUCCAUACGCCGAUGGAACGCGGACGUCAUGAUAGCACCUGGUUUGAAUGAUGCCAUCCUUAAUCGCUUGGCGAAAAAAUGCAAGAAUUUCUCGAAAAAAGAACGAGCCGUGACUAUUUGUAUAGAUGGGAUGUCUAUCAAGCAAGAACUUGUGUAUAAUGCGAAGACAGACACAUUUUUUGGCUUUCCUUCUGAUGGAACCAAGCGAAAAAUUGAAAGGAAUAAACCAAGGGUCCUUGCUACAGAAGCGGUAGUAAUAAUGAUUUCGGGAAUGUGUGCUUUAGAGCAGGAUCGCCUUCAACUCAAUAAGCAGCAUAAAGGUAGUCGAUCAGGUAGAUUCAAACAGGUAAUAUUUAACGUCAAUAUUGUUCAAACUGUUGACUGAAUAUUUUUAAUGUCAUGUAGGCCAUUGGUUAUUUGUUGGCGCAUCAUUCGUUAGGAAGUGAAAAGCAGCUUGAUCUUAUUAAAAAUGCAGUUCGUGCUCUCAAAAGUCGUGGAUUGCGACCUCUGGUAUUAACGAUGGAUCAAUGUACAACGAAUGUUAAAAUGGCAGGUGAAGCUGGAGCUUCUAUGGAGAAACCUAUCAUUACGAUCGAUGGUGAUGAGAUGACGAUUAUCUAUGAUAACCCGCAUUUGAUAAAAAACGCCAAAAGCAUGCUGAUGAAGCACAAUGCUAUUUUCAACGGAAAGCUUAUUUCAUAUAAUCAUGUCAGAGAUCGGCAAUCAGUUCCGAGACUUGUACCCAAGCUUUCAGACAAAAUUAUUUCGCUUGGACCGUUCAUGGCUAUGAAUGUGGCACAAGCCACCCGCACUUUGAGUAAUUCUGUUGCUAGGGGUUUAGAGUAUUACGUAUUCUCCGGAGACCUGCCAAUUUCAGCUCUGGGGACAGCUUCCUUCGUGGAAUUCCAUGACAAACUUUUUGACACAUUCAAUUCAAAGAUCGCACAAUGUAACUCCAAGGUAUUUUAUAAGCUGAUGCGAAUAUAUUUAUAUAAUAAUUAUGGUUGUUCCAUAGCCCUUUCGUAGCGCCAUAACAGAGAACUCGUGUCAUUGGCAGUUCCUAACAGAAGCAAAGAGGCUACUCAGCAGUAUGUAUUACAUGCCAAAAACUUGCUAUAAUCCCAAAGAGGCUGCACAAAACGCAAAAUUGCUAACUGUUAAACAAAGGAAACCAAACUAUCUUUCUGGAUUUAUAGGAAAUAUUACCGGAAUUCACUGGUUAUGGAACGAACUGAAAUCAAAUUUUUCCUUUGAUUAUUUGUGUACAAACUUUUUAAGCCAGGAUAUCAUUGAAAAUUUAUUUUCUGAAAUUAGACGACGCUGUGGGCGUAAUGAAGCGCCUAAUGCAUAUCAGUUUGGAUCUGCAUUCAAGUAUGCGGCAAUUUCUGCAAACGAGAAACUGUCAGUGGGCACUAAUUGCGAGAACGAUGAGGCACAAUUGCUAAUUGAAGAGGACGAUUUCAUCGACGAAGAGUAUUUAAACGAUGUGGAAAAUGAACACCAUUUUAGCUAUAAACAUUCGCCUUUGGAUUUUACUAGCCCAAAAUCAUAUACUAUAAAAGACUUAAACGGCCUGAUGUAUAUAGUAGGCGCAGCUGUAGCCAAACUUCCACACAAAAGAUGUAAAAGGAGCCUAACAGUCGAACGCAAUGCAGUAGAUGUAGAUAGUCGAUUAUACGACUUUUGUAAAAUGAAAAAUUCUCCAACCUAUCCAUCCACCAAAUUGUUUGAAAUAGGCCUACUUUGUUUCACCGCUUACAAGCAAAAAUUCGUGAAAUUUCUAUACCAAAACAGAAGAAAUGUGAAGAGAAGACUAAUCGAGUACGUUACAUAUGAUAAAAUCAAAGAACACGUGUGCGAACACUGUUUUAAGAAGCUCAUCGAUAAAAUUUUCAAUACAUUGAUUCAAUGUUUUCUAAAACAAAUGAAAGCAAGUGCUUUGAAAACACGAACUGCAUUCAGAGGAAAAAGGAAUCGCAAAGCGUUUCGUAUGAACCUUCCAAUAUAGGAUGUCCAUAUAUUUUUUUUUUCACAAUAAGCAAACAA